GAGUGUUUGAGGCAGGCUAGAGUGUAGCUCAGCACAGGCAGCAUCCUGAGUGAGCGCCCGGGCUGACAUGACCUCUCUGCGUGCUGCCCUGGUCUGGGCCCUAGGACUUGUGCUCCUUCACUCUGGCCAGGGUACUAAAGAGGAUUCAGAGCAGUCGGGAGACACACUUCCAGAAGAAAAAACAACCAGCCAAGAGACCGUAUUAACUACCUUCACCACAGUGACCACAGACCUGUUAACUGAAGAGACAAACUCCACAUACCCGCCUGAUGGUGAAAAUCAGUUAGAGUUUCUAUUGAUGGUAUUGAUUCCCUUGAUUUUGUUGGUCCUUCUCCUUGUAUCCGUGGUCCUCCUUGCAAUGUAUUUUAAAAGAAAGAGAACAAAGCAAGAACCUUCCAGCCAAGGAUCUCAAAGUGCUUUGCAGACAUAUGAACUGGGAAGUGAAACUCUGAAAGUACCUAUUUUUGAGGAGGAUACACCCUCGGUCAUGGAAAUCGAGAUGGAAGAGCUCGAUAAGUGGAUGCACACCAUGAAUAGAAGUGCUGACUGUGAAUAUUUACCUACUCUGAAGGAAGAAAAGGAAUCAAACCACAACCCCAGUGACCCUGAAUCCUAACACUGUGUGUGUUGCUGAUGUUUUCCAAAAGAAGCAACCCUGAGGGAGCCGCGGGGCUUGCCAACAGAGAAUGGAGGGGAUAUGAAUUUAAUUAAUUUCAAAUCAACAGAGACACAGAACCUUUCCCUGUUUCUUCCAACGCCCACGCCUGCCCCGAUACCAUCACCUGUAUUUGGAAGAAUGAGCGAUUGAGAAGUACUUGGAAAGGCUUGGCAACCAGCCUAGACUCCAAAGGUGGAAAAGGAGUCAGGGGAGCCGCUGGCUGCUGACCAGUGGGGGGUUCCCACCUCAACCAGCUCACAUCUGACCUCACUCACUCUGGCCACCCGAAGUCCCCAGUCCCUUUCUGCUUUGUUCUCGGGAUUCACAUCAGGACACGGUUUCCCCUAUGGUCUCCUGGGUUAGUUCAUUACCUAACCCGCUUUGGGUAAUUUCCUCUCAUCAUACAAGCCCUCUGAUGGCUCAGUUCCUUCAGCAGGAACUUUCCUGUAGGCUGGGAAAGUUACGGAAAAGACACUGAACAAAGCAAACAUUGCAAUGUCUAUACCAUC